AUGUCCUCCGCACAUACCAUUUUGCUGACGACGCAUUACAUGGGCGAGGCAGAUCUACUGGGGCACCAGAUUGGCAUCAUGAGCAGCGACUCUCUGCAGUGCUCUGGAAGCAGCUUGUUUCUAAAGUCCAAGCUGCGCUUGGGCCAUGGUCUUGUUAUGGCAGUGCACCCAGAUGGAUAUUUUGAAAGCAUAAAUGGGCUUGUAGAAGAAGGCAUUGAGGGUGCAGAGUUUCUUUCUCGUAAUGGUUUCCAGUUGUCGUACCGUAUGCCGUUGAGCGAGGCCAGCAUUUUUCCUGGUUUGUUGGACAGCAUCGAAAAUCACGUCGAUUAUGGCUUGCGUGGAUAUUCGAUUUUGGCAACAGCUCUUGAGGAUGUAUUUCUUCGUGUGCCACGGCGGGAGGAGGAGGAUUCCACGUUUAGUGAGGACUAUUCGUGCUUGUGGGGCUAUGGGUUGACCCUGUCCUCAGUGGUGUCGCAGUUUUGUGCGACGCUGUGGAAGUGCUUUGGAGAUGCUUUGCGUGACCGGGGAAUGCAGUUUUUCCAACUGUUUUUCCCAUUUGUUUGCGUGCUGCUUGCCAUGUUGCUUAGCCUGAUAAAUUUUAAAGCGAAAGAUAAACUUGUACUGUCGUUUGGCCUUUACGACAACCCUGUACUGAUGGACACAACUCAGUGCCAGGGCUUCUUGGUGGUGGUGGUGGUGGUGGGGAUCCUCGUCUGUCGAGCGUGGCAAUAA